GCCCUCCCCACCGCCGCCUCCGCCUCCCCCGAGCCUGCAGGCGGCGCCGAGGCCGAGGAGCGCUCGCUGCAGCACAUGCUGCGCGCCAUAGCCGAGGAGCGCGGCCGCCUCAGCCUGCGCCGCGAGGUCUGCGGCCUCGGGUGCUUCAGGGAUGACCGCAUCGUCUUCUGGACUUGGAUGUUCUCCACCUACUUCAUGGAGAAGUGGGCCCCACGGCAGGACGACAUGCUUUUCUACGUGCGCCGGAAGCUGGCGUACACGGGCAGCGAGGGCGCCCUGGAUGGGAGGAAGCUGGCAGAGGCCGAGCCCGAGGUGGAGGUGGAGGUGUACCGGCGGGACUCCAAGAAGCUGCCAGGUCUCGGAGACCCUGACAUCGACUGGGAGGAGAGCGUCUGCCUCAAUCUCAUCCUGCAGAAGCUGGACUACAUGGUGACAUGCGCUGUGUGCACGCGUGCGGACGGCGGGGACAUCCACAUCCAUAAGAAGAAAUCCCAGCAAGUGUUUGCAUCCCCGAGUAAACAUCCCAUGGACAGCAAAGGGGAGGAAUCCAAGAUGAGCUACCCCAACAUCUUCUUCAUGAUUGACAGCUUCGAGGAGGUGUUCAGCGACAUGACCGUAGGGGAGGGAGAGAUGGUGUGUGUGGAGCUGGUGGCCAGUGACAAAACCAACACGUUCCAAGGGGUCAUCUUUCAAGGCUCCAUCCGCUAUGAGGCUCUCAAGAAGGUGUAUGACAACCGCGUGAGUGUGGCCGCCCGCAUGGCACAGAAGAUGUCGUUUGGCUUCUACAAGUACAGCAACAUGGAGUUUGUGCGCAUGAAGGGGCCGCAGGGCAAGGGCCAUGCUGAGAUGGCGGUCAGCCGUGUGUCCACUGGUGACACAUCCCCCUGCGGAACCGAAGAGGACUCCAGCCCGGCUUCGCCAAUGCACGAGCGGGUGACCUCCUUCAGCACACCCCCGACCCCCGAGCGGAACAACCGGCCUGCCUUCUUUUCCCCGUCGCUCAAGAGGAAGGUGCCCCGGAACCGGAUCGCGGAGAUGAAGAAGUCUCACUCGGCCAACGACAGCGAGGAGUUCUUCCGGGAGGACGGCGGGGGAGCUGAUCUGCAUAAUGCCACCAACCUGCGGUCUCGGUCCCUGUCUGGCACUGGCCGCUCCCUGGUCGGGUCCUGGCUGAAGCUGAACAGAGCAGAUGGAAAUUUCCUUCUCUAUGCACACUUAACCUACGUCACUUUGCCGCUGCAUCGGAUUUUAACAGACAUCCUGGAAGUGCGGCAGAAGCCCGUCCUGAUGACCUAGCCGUGUGCGGAGCCCCCGCGGGGCCCCCAGCCCUGCCUGGGCCUGGGCCUGCUGCCAAGUGCCUACCUGCCCACCGCCACUGGGGUCUUCUGGGACCACCCAGCGCCAGAGCCGGAGCCAGGCAGGGCCACUGACUCCCGGGGCCAGGGCCGACUCCAUGAACACCAGCCCAAACUGAAGUGCCUCUUCCUCCUCCCCUGCUGGCUCUGCUCCUGCGCCCGCCCCCCAUCACCCGCCAGCCCAUCUCUGGAGAACCGUCCGCACCCAAAGAGGACCAGAGAUGCCGAGAGGCCGUAAGAGAGAGCAGAGGAGCAGCCAGCAUCCAGAGAGAGUCCAGACCAGCGGACCCGAAGCUCACAUCCCAACAGACAGCCAGCAGCGACCACCCAGCCAGGAGCAUUCAGUGCGUCAGACUGUCAGCGCCUAAGGAAACCCGGUUUAAGAUUGUAUAAUGCUGUGCCGAUGCCUUCAGUGUCCAAGUUAGUCCUGAUCGUCUGUCCUCCCUCGUUUACUGCUUGGUCAUCAGUGGGUUUCCACGGGGGUUGGGGAACACAGCUGUUUGAUGGUUUUGCUCUGGGCUGGGAAUACCUCACCCCACGCCUGGUUCCAGAAGGGCCUCGAGCUGGGCAGACAGGCCCCAAUCCCGCCAGAAUGGCCUUUGCUUCCAGCCAAAGAGCACCACCACCACACACACCUCCAACCUGGAGAUAACUCGUCCGGGCCUCGGCUGGUGUGCCCCACAGCACUGGAAGCGGGUGGGAGGGCUUGGUAGCCAGAGGGGAAGGUGGAAUCUCUGCCAAAGGGCGGAUGGUGCGACGUGGGGUUGGCGUCCUCCCGGGAAGGGUCCAGGCAGAACCUCUGUCCCCUGGGGCUGGGGUGGGGGGGAGUCUCAUCCUCCCUGGUUUCCUAGGCCUCAUUCCUUUGACUGGGUGUGCUGGCCCCCUUCCUCAGACUGGUCACUGAGGCAGAGAGGAACUGGCUUCCACGUGGCGGGUCUGGUCUGUUGGGGGGGGGUGGCCGGCCGUCCAGUCCAGGUCUGGCCCAGCCCCAUCCGGCUUGAAGGUUUCCAGUGAUGACGGCGCACUAUACUCCUCUCAGAACCAUGGGUCUUUUCAGGAGCAGAGGCUCCGCUACCCCUCUGGGAUAAGCUGUCAGCUGGGCCUCUGCUGCUCUAGUUUAUGUCCUCAGGAAUACUUGAAGGAUUCCUGUUGCACGUUUAGGGGGAAGAGGGAAAGGAGGGGGCUCGUUUACCCAUCCGUUUCUAUUCUGUGUGCUCCAAGGGUUUGCACUGGGCUCCGGGAACAGGGGACUACUUUGGGGCUUUCUCCAGAUUUUGUAUGCUGUUAUUAAAAGCGAGCUAUUGCAUUUCA